AUUUAUUAAUGGGUAUGUGUUAAAAUAAGCCAGCUGAAUAUACAUCAACAAUACCAAGCUUUAAAGGAGAUAUGCCUGAAGCAGAUGAUGAAGAUGAUAAUAUAGGAGAGACUACACAAUUACCAAUAGAAGGGGAAAGUGUGACUAUGAAACAAAAGUUAUCAUUAGAGGAUUUUGAGUUAAUUAAAGUUAUUGGUAGAGGAUCUUUUGGAAAAGUAUUACUUGUAAGAAAGAAUGAUAAUCGAUAAUUAUUUGCUGUUAAAAUAUUAAGGAAAAAAAUGUUGACUUAAAAGAAAUAGCAGAAUUAAGCAAUUUAGGAAAGGAAAAUCAUGUCAAUAAUAAAUAGUUCUUUUAUGGUAAAGCUACAUUAUGCUUUCUAAAGUUCUUCACGUCUUUACAUGGUUAUGGAUUUUAUGCAAGGAGGAGAACUCUUUCUUCAUUUAAGAAAAAGAUUUAAGUUUCCUGAAGAUUGGGUUUAAUUCUAUGCUGCUGAAUUGUUGGUUGCAAUAGAUCUUCUUCAUUAAUAAAAUAUUAUAUAUAGAGAUUUAAAGCCUGAAAAUAUAUUAUUAGAUAAGGAUGGUCAUAUAGUAUUAACAGAUUUUGGAUUAUCUAAACUGGGUUUUGAGAAGAAUGAAAUGACAUAUUCAUUUUGUGGAACACCAGAAUAUGUUGCCCCAGAAAUUCUAUAUCGUAAAAAUAUUAUUUAUUUUUAUAAAGAAAGGGGACACACAUUUACAGUAGACUUUUAUAGUUAUGGAGCAUUAAUUUAUGAAAUGUUAUCUGGUAUGCCUCCUUAUUAUUCUAAGAAUAAAAGAGAAAUGCUUAAAAAUAGAUGUGAAAAACCUCUUGAAUUAAAAUCUUGUUUCUCAUUUUAAGCAGCCUCAUUAUUAAAAGGAUUAUUAAUAAAAGAUGUAUUAAUUAUAAUCUAUCAAUAGCCAGGAUUGAGAUUAGGUCACAAUGGAAUUCAAGAAAUAAAAAAACACAAUUUUUUCAAUGGUAUUGAUUGGAAAUUGGUUGAAUUACGUAAAUUACAACCACCAAUCAUUCCUAAAAUCUAAAAUGCUCAAGAUUUGUCUAAUUUUGCUCCAGUCUUCUUGUAAUAACCAAUAUUAGAUACUCCAGAAUCAAAAAUAAAUGAAUAUUUUGAAGGAUUCACAUACUAAUAAUUAAUGUGAAAG